UGCGCCCAUUGCAGCAGUUUCUAAUGUUGAUCUACUACUCUAGUAAAUUUAUCCAUGCUUUUAAGAUCUAAACAUCUUCUGCGCUAAACUUUUAUGUCCAUUGUGUUUGAAAAAUGCUUGUAUGAUACUACUAGUCUGCUACCCCUACCUGAUUAUGAGAUAGUAAUGAGUUGCUGUUGCAUGAGUGAGUUUUUACUGUGCUUGCUUGCUUCCUUCCAAAUUUGAAGUGGAUUGUUAUUGAACUUCUUGAUAGCAAAGUUGCAAGCCUAUAAAGUUGCCGUUCCUGCUAUCUUUCAGACCUUAACUGAUGACUUAACUUGCAGAAGUAGUUGUGAGUUGUGACGGGACCUUGAUGAUUUUUGGUAGCUUUUUAAAGACUGCAUAGGCUUUAGGUCCAAUAAGAAGAAAAAAAGGCUUAGUUACAGUGAUUGUUUGUGAAUUGUCGCUGCUCCGUAUUGAGCAAUAUAUUGACCGGCUAAUUGCUGUAUACUGUUUAAAAUGGGAGUGAUUAUUAAUGUUAACUGAGGAUAGAUCCUAAAUUAUACACAGGAUCGGAAAAAAAAGGGAAAGAAAGACUUUUAUCUGUGAACUAGAAUUCUUGAUGUUAGCAAAUUAGCCUGUUACCAUGCUCUCCACUUAUUACAACUAUUUUCAAAUUGAUUAGAAAAAGGAUCCAUUAAAUCUAUUUGUAUCAGUCAUGAAUAGUUUCUCAUGUUCUGUUUCUUAGAAAAAGAUCUGUUGUUGCAGUGAUCCUUACAUUCUGCUCACAAAGCAUGAGGUGGAUAUUGCAUGUGCAGAGGCACCUGAUCCACUAUGUAUAUUUCAGCAUCUCAAACUUCACCAUUCAAUGAAAUUGGCCAGUGCAUAUGCUUCAACAUUUCCCAAGCCUGUCAAUGAUAUCAAAAGAAGAAGGAUGAAAAUGAAGCAUUCUAAAACAGGGGAGCCUCUUUUCACCAGUUUAACAUCUUUCUAUGGUAGCACCUUGGAUUAUAUCUUUUACACAGGGGUAUGGUUAUAUGGUUCCUAAACUCCCAGACCCUACCAAUCUUUUGUUCAGGAGCUUUAUCCAAUGGAUUGAUGUGGAUAGCUUGGAAGUUGAAGGGCUCUUGGAGCUCCCUGACUUUGAGAGUGUGGGAAGAGCGCUUCCCUCCCCUUUGUGGUCGUCAGACCAUAUUGCACUCAUGGGAAGCUUUCGAAUUACUAGACCAUUCUUGGUGAAAUUGCAAGGUGCAUAUGAUGAGACUGUUUUAGAGAGAGAAGAAGAAAACUGAUUUUGGAUGCAAGUUUCGGGGAAGAAAAGCAGCAUAGCAGCUUUGGCGCAGCGUAUGGCAUUGUGAGUCUGAAUUGCUUCCCCCAUCAUCCUCUGUUAUUUCUCUCUGGAAGUUUGAAAAUGUAAAAGGACCGCCAAGUUUUUGACUGUGAAAAGAGAAUGAGGAGAGAGAGCAUUUGUAUACGAAAGCUAAUCAGUGACAUGAAAUGGUGUGUUGAAGGCUUAAAUUAAAGCCCCUAAAAACUACUUGUAAAUUUGUAAUACAAGCUAUACAACUAUACAAGUAUGAAAUCUUGGAUUAGUGA